GGGGCUGCUUCCGCUCCUGCGCGCGGCGGGGCUCUGGGGCGGUCACCGGCCGCGUGAGGCGUAGGGGGUCUGCGCGCUCCCGCCGCUCCCGGCUGCGAGUGCCCGCGCUCCACGGCCCCGCCACCGAGAGGGGCGGGGCGAGCGGGCGCCUCAGGCGGCGGUGCCGGUGCUUAGGCCCGGUGCGGGCGUCUCCGCCAGCCCAGCCCCCCGCCGAGGCCCGCCGACCGGGCCAGGAUGAGUGGCGAGGACGGGAACGAGGAGUUCUACCGGCAGCUGCAGCUCCAGCAGCAGUACGAGGCCGAGCCCGGCGGCGAGGGCGAGGCCGACCCCUUCACCUACGUGGACCCGGCCGAUGGGGCCGCCUACGAGUGGGACCGGGAGAAGAAGGCCUGGUUCCCCAAGAUAACAGAAGAUUUCCUGGCAACAUACCAUGCCAACUAUGGCUUCCAUGCAGAUGAUAAAGACAGUUCUUCUGCUUCUGGCACAGCAACUGAAAGUAAGCAACCAGUAAGUUCUAAGACAUCAGGAACACAACCAUCAGCAAAUGAGAAAGGACCACAACAAACAGAUCCAAAACAAAAACCAGAAAAACGAAAGCUUGAGCCAGGAUGGUUUCAUGUUGAAGAAGACAGAAACACAAAUGUUUAUGUGACUGGUUUACCUCCAGACAUUACAAAAGAUGAGUUUGUACAAGUCAUGUCAAAAUGUGGUAUCAUUAUGCGAGAUCCUCAGACAGAAGAACACAAAAUCAAAUUGUACAAAGAUAAAGAAGGAAAUCUUAAAGGAGAUGGCCUCUGUUGCUAUCUAAAGAGAGAAUCAGUUCAACUUGCAUUGAGACUUCUGGAUGAGGCAGAAAUUAGAGGCUAUAAAUUGCAUGUUGAAGUUGCAAAGUUUCAACUGAAGGGGGAGUAUGAUGCAAGCAAAAAGAAGAAGAAGUGUAAAGACUACAAGAAGAAGUUGUCCCAACAGCAGAAACAGCUGGAUUGGAGGCCUGAGAAGAAAGAUGGCACAACUCGAAUGCGACAUGAACGCAUUGUCAUUAUCAGGAAUAUGUUUCACCCAAAGGACUUUGAGGAGGAUCCGUUAGUGCUAAAUGAGAUCAGAGAAGAUCUGCGGACAGAGUGUGAAAAGUUUGGUCAAGUAAAGAAGGUUCUCAUAUUUGAUCGACACCCUGAUGGCGUGGCUUCUGUGUCAUUUAAAGAAGCAACAGAAGCAGAUCUGUGCAAGCUAACUCUAAAUGGAAGGUGGUUUGGUGGCCGUCAGCUCAGUGCUGAAACAUGGGAUGGUGUAACAGAUUAUCAGGUGGAGGAGACUGCAAGAGAAAGGGAAGAAAGGCUCAAGGUGUGGGGAUCAUUUUUAGAGGAUCCUGAUGCAAAGGAGCAACAAACUACGGCUGAUUCAGAUUCUGCAACAAGUAGUGUUAAACUGCCUGAAGGCAGACAACCUUCAAAAGUUAAUGACACAUCUAAGGAGGAUGUAAAUGAUGAAGCCCAUAAGAGGGAGAAUAAUGGUGAGGGCAUUAAUGAAGAUGGUGCUCCAUCUACAGACAGCAGCCUUGCAGGCAGUGAUGUUGAAGCAGAUACAUAACAUCUUUAAUGCUUUAUGAAAGCAUGGGUUUUAGGGUGAUGUUUGAGUUUAUCCCUUUCUUCAGGGUGACUGCAGACAAUAUUCAUAGGAACAUAUGCAUAUUAGAAUGUCAUCAACUGUGUGCUUUGAAGUUUUCAUUAAAAGCAGUAUUUAAUGAGGUUCUAAAAGUUUGUAUUAAUUGGCUGUUCAGGUAAAGUAACUCAAGUUGCCAAGAAUGCAGUGAAACUCGUCAGGCUUCUUUUGUUCUAACUAUGCGUGUUAGUGUUACAUUAUGUAAGUGUGAAAUAUGUUAUAACCCUUAAGUUUUUGUAACUAUAUGUAACUUAAGUAAUGCAAAGCUAUUACAAAACUUGUGGAUUUUACUGUUAAUUUUCCUGUAUGCCUUGGAACUUGGUAUCUCAUCCUUAAAAAUGAUUCUUGUCCUGAGUACUUUGGAUCAUUUUAUGGAACAGAUGCUGUGAUACGUUAUAGGGUGAAUGCAUUGGAUAUGUUGCUAUGCAUUAAGUAGCAAAUGGUAAGAGUAGUAUGCAAACUUAAGGGAGGUGGAAUACAAACGGCAUUGACGUAGCCAACAUAAAGCAAGCUGAGUGAAGAUAGACUAUUAAAUCACAUCACUUAGUAAAUUAUUUUUUUUUCCCCUGUUUAGAUCUUCUGUUGGGGCUGGAAUUAUGUCAAGGAGACUAGAAAUGCAUGAGCACACACAUUCUAGGCCAUAGUGAAAUAAGACUGAUCUUAAACUCUCAUGGUCUGUAUGCAGUAGGUAUGCAGAAUAGGCUUUUGAUUGAUGUGUUUACUUUGUUUAGUUUUUGCUUUAAUAUUAAAGGGUUUUGUUAACUUUGUUAGAGUAAGUGUGAGUUCACUUCAACACUUUUAGCUUAGCCUUACAGGCUCUUCAAAGUGGGGAAAAUCUCCCAUGUUUCAUAAAAUUUAAAGGCUUUUGGCAACUUGAACUACAGUUUGUUGUGCAAAAGUUAGAAUACUUGAAAAUAUGCUUUCAAAUAAUAUUCCUUUAUAUGGAAAAAGCAGAUACUAGCCCUCUUAGAAAUACUUCCAAAAGCAAGGGUUUAAAAAGACAUUCUAACUUUAGAUAACUUAAUAAGUGGCAGGCUUUCAAAAAUAACUGGGGGAGUCAUUUUGGGCACAGUCAUUCUUAAUUUAGAAUCCGAUUCUAUUGAUACCUAAGGAUAGGAGAAUAUGGAUAUAGGCACUAAACCAUUAAUAUAUUGGUGCUAAAUUCAUAGCAUGCUGUUCAUAUGGAUGGUUACUAGUGCUGAUUUGUAAGGAGGAUCUUUUGAUUUUUUUUUUUUAAUUCAUACUGGAUUGUAAGACCAUAGAUGAUAGUUCUUAUAUUUCCAUCAUGAAAUAUUCAGAAUAUACUGAAAAAUGGUGUAUUCAAACUUUGUGCUCUGAGAUUACCAUCUAUAUUUUUUCCAGAAAUCUGUAUGGUACUCUUAAGUAUGGCUUGGUUUUGUUGUGUUUUGGUUUUCAUGUGUAAUUGAUAUGUGUGGGCAGCUAUGCCAACCAGAGCAUCUAAGUUAACACUUGGCACAUGGUUAUAAAUGGUAUAUUUUUGUGACAAAAUAUCUGGUCUUACAAGAGAGAUGAUAUUUGAAUUCAGGAUUUAGAAUUCUGGGGGCUCAUUAUAAGCUGGAAUGACAGAUUUCCACUUUUGAGUGGCAUUAUAAAGAAGACCUGUAACUCUUGCCAGCUAAGAAAGACCAUUUUCUCAUUUUUAUGAGUGUGUGAAUUGUACGUUUCAGCGAAACAGGUGUUUGAACAAUUUGGGGAAUCUGAAAUACUGCCUGGUUUGUGGCUGCAUGUAGUGGCAUAUUCAGAUUACAUCUCUGAGUUGUGUUGGUUCUGCCUCAGUUAUUUUUACUGGUAAUAAGCACCACAGACCUUUGAGGGCUGGAAUUUUUUGCAUAUGGAGAGUGUAAUGUAGUGUGGAGGUUAUUGCUUUCAGUGCUCCUUUUUUUUCUUCCAGCUUCUAGACUCCAGGCGUUAGAUCUGUUAGACUAUAGCGUUAACUUUUUUUGAGAGAGCCUAGUCAUGUAACACUCUACACAGUUAAAUCACAUGUUUUACAGUGGAAUUGCAGCUGAUACAGGGAAACUUAAAAGUAUGUAAAGAAUUGUACAGUUCUAUGAACCCUUAUGGUAUCAGAUAUAAAAAAAUAAGGUUAGUGUUAGUGUUUGAAAAGACUUUGAAAAAUAAUCAUUAUAUGUGCAGUAACCUUCCUCUCUCCGAUUGGUGUACAAAUUUGAUUGGCUUGCUUCAAAAGUCAAACAUGAUGUUAAGUCUUUUCACCUUUUCCUCUAAACAGUGAAGUCAAGCACCGACAUAUAUUGAGACCAAAUGCAUUACUGGCUUUUCUAUUAACUAGGAUUCUUAAGGAAAUAAAAGCUGUUUUUUCAUGCAAA